CCAAUAGAUAGUGUUAUAGAAAAUAGAUUUUUUCGAAGAGGAGUAACCAUUUAGUUUAGAAUUAAUACCUCCAAAGCACAAUGAAUGAUUUCUUCAUUUAAAUGUCGCCGCCUUUUGAUUUAAAAGGAAUAAAAUAUUUCACAUUUUAAUAAUUAAUAAUUCUUCAAAGCUCUAUAAUUAUAAGUGAUCAAAUAAAAGCGCAACCAACAUAACAAUUCUCACAGAGUGUCCAGUUGAAUAGUUCAUGAUAAUGUUGUGAAUUUGGAGGAUUUAUUUUUCUUAAUCGUUGCCAAUGAAAAUCUGUGUAGCAAAAUGGAAGUUAUAAAAUUAAAUAAAAAACUUUUGAAAGUGUUUGGAAUGUGUUUAAACGAUGAAAAUGCCACACAACGAGAGCGAACUAUCAGCAAAAUAAUCAACUGGAUGAUGCUAUCGAUUUCACUAUGUACAAUUGGUGUCAGCAUAGAAUAUAUCGUUUCGCAUUUUUCGGAUACUGAAAGUGUUCUAUUCGCUGUAAUGCAAGUGUCUGCCAACACGGCAUCGGGCGGAGGCUAUUGGACAUUUUACAAUAAUAAAUACAAAGUAUCGAAAUUCCUGAAUCAAAUUGAAAAUUUGGUUAAAUUACGUAUUUGUCAAAAUCACGAAUCAAGAGUUUUAUACGAAAAGGCGGAAGUGAAAUCCACUUUUGUUGCAAAGUGGCCUCUUAUUGUUUUCAUUGUGAACUACGAUUUUGUGUUGAUUUUUGCCACAACAUAUACGGUGAUAUUCGAAAUGAUUCCCGGCCGAAGUGAUCCAGCCACAUGGUACUCAAUGUAUAAAUUGAGCUAUCCAUUUGAUGUUCACACUUUGCAUGGAUAUUUUGGUUACUUAAUUAUGGUGAUCAUAGCAUUACACACUUAUGCGAUUUUGAUAACAAGUCAAGUGGCUUUUUUCCUCGGUUCAUCAUUUUAUCUGGAUGCUUUUACUGAAAAUUUCGACAAAUUAAUGCGCCAAUUAAAUCAAAUCGAACAAAAACCAAAACAAUCAAUAAACACUGUAAAAGAGCGCCUAUUUGAUGGAGUUAAAUUCAACAUUCAAAUUAUUGAACUUUUUCAUCAACUGAGUAGUAUUGUGACGGGAAUUAUAUUUUUCCAACUUUUAUGUGGCGCCGUAUUUUGUUCAACAUCGAUAUAUCAACUGGAUUUGGCUUCUAAACAUAUCAAUCCGGAUUUUUUCAUUUUGAUAUUUGCAUCGACUGUGAGCAUUGCAACAACAUUGCCUUACUGCUACUAUUCGGCGCACAUUUCAUUGCGGUUACAGUCGAUUGGCGAUAGUGCUUAUCAUACUUUCAUUUGGUAUGAAUUUCCAUGUCACAUACAAAGAUACCUCCUAUUAAUCAUACAGAACUCAGAGCGUCCAAA